UUCCGGUUCAAUGGAGCACACGAUUUGAAUCUCUCCCGUGAGCGACGUGUGUUUUAACCUCAUCCUCGUAUUUACAUCGACUACAGACAACCAACGUUUGAGGAAAGAGGAAACUAUGAAUGAUGAUAACCGCAGGUUAUUUGAAAGAGUUGCUAAAAAGAUGGGGUGGACGGAUCAAGAAGGAUUGGACGGAGCAGAGAGGAAGUUGAUUAGCACAAUUGGCAAGACUCGUCAUGGUGCGAUAAGUGGGCAUCCUGCAACAAUUUACCUCUCUGGAAGUGAAGAUGAAGCAGAGAAGGAGAACUUGUGCUCCAAGGGCAAUGACUACAGAAACAAGUCUUUGAUUGAGUCCAGUGACGAUGACUUUGACCAGUUUCUUGUGGGAAGGGCGACACCGAGAGCUAAACCAUUAGCACAGAAAACCUGUAGCGCUACAAAGAAGGAAUAUUCAACUGUGGUUGUGGUGAGCUCUGACGAUGAAGACGAUUUUGAAUCAUUUCUGCAGCGAGUGAAAACACCUACCACCAAGCCUAAUAAAAAAUCACAGAGUGCGAGUGAAGACAGCUUUAAAAACUUCAUUGUGGAUGAUUACUCAUCAGGUGAUGACUUUAUUGAGACACGAUUUUCUUUAAAAGUGCCAAAGAAAAGCAACACACCAGCAUCCAAGCCUCCUCCGAGGAGACCACUAUCUCAAUUGGAGUCCCCAGUCUUUUUUGGUGACAGUGAUGAUGAUGUUGAUAAUAUUUUGGUCAAGAGCACUUGGAAAACCCGCCACUCCAAACCUCAAUUGGCCACAAAAACUAACAGUGAUACUCCUCUUCUGUGCGGUAAAGAUGAGAGUUUGCCGUCUCCGCCUGUCUCUUCUGUCUCAUCUCCAUUUUCUUUUCCUCCACCAAAAACUCCAACAUUGCCCAAGUGUACUUUUUCCACAUCUUCUAAACUGGACGAGUCUGCCAGCUCUGAUGAUGAGUUUACAUCCUUGCUGGACAGACUGAAAAGGAAAAACAAACUCAGUGGCACGUCAUUCUCACCCAAGAACACCAAAGAGUGUAGCAAGAAGCCUCCUGUCUUAGUCCCUCCCACAGAGAGACGCACAAUGCCAGCCUCUAAAUCCUUAGGGGAAACACCUCUGAAAACACCAGGGAAAUCCACCAUGGUGAAACCUACAGUCAGUCAGACGGAACCCAGACACGGCCCCACCAGCAGGGUGGCACUGUGUAAGAUCCCAGGCUGCUUCUUACAGUCACUCUCAAACCCAGGCUCCAGCUUUGGCCACAGUUUCAAGCAGAAUAAGGGAAACCUCACUGCUAAACUCUACCAGCUGUACAACACCAGUGUAUUCGACAGCAAGCUUCCUGCUGACAUGUCGGUGACCUGGAAUAAGAAAAUGCGGAAAACGGCAGGUUACUGUAUCACAGGGCAGGAGCGAGGUGGUGGAAGCCGCUACGCCCGCAUAGAACUGUCAGAGAAAGUCUGUGAUUCUGCAGAUCGUCUCAGGGACACACUGAUACAUGAGAUGUGUCACGCUGCCACAUGGCUGAUUAAUGGUGUAAGGGAUGGACAUGGAAACUUCUGGAAGUUUUACGCUCGCAAGUCCACAGUUGUGCAUCCUGAGCUGCCCAUGGUCACUCGCUGCCACACUUACGACAUCAAGUACAAAUUCCAGUAUCAGUGCACCCGUUGCCAGAACACUAUUGGGCGUCAUUCCAAGUCACUGGACACACAGAGGUUUGUGUGUGCCCUCUGCACAGGUCACCUCGUCCUGCUGACUCCUGCCAAGCCGCGCGCCCCUGCGCCUUUUGCCAGCUUUGUCAAAGAGAACUAUGGGACCGUACGUCAGGAGCUGUCUGGACAAAGCCACGCAGAAGUGAUGCGCAAGCUCAGUGCAGACUUUGCCUCCAAAACUAAACUCAGUCAAAGCUGAGACGAUGUGGACAGAGCCGCACACUCGCAAGAAACCUGUCCAGAUUUUCAAAUACCUCAGCCAACUGGUCUUACAUCAUCAGGGAGCAGCUGUGAAUAUUAGUACUGUUUCUAUUCUUAUACUUUUAAUGAUAUUUUAUUUGUGUCCGUAUGUGAACAUAUACUGGAUCUGGUGUAACAGGGAAAAACUGAGCCUAAUCAUCAGCAUGUUAUCGUUCAUGUUAUUGGGUGUUUCUUUGUGUAUGUUUGUGUCUUUGAUGAGUUGGUGUUCCUGUUUUGGAUUGCAGUAUGAUUUGAUCUAUAUGUAUGUUUUUAAUCUGCAAUUAUUUGCUGUUCCUGUCUUUAAAUGUUAUAAUAAAGUUGAUGUGUGACUGUGCUUCGAA